AUGUCCAAGAACAAAACGAUUAAUAUUCCUGGGAUCAUCUUGGAUGAAUUGAAAGAACGAGAUUAUUCUAAUGAUUCUAGGUUUAAUAUCGAUAGAAGUAAGAACAAGAAAAGAGGAAAAGGACCUACUUUGAGCAGAAAGGAGAAAAGAAAACAGCAAAGGUUUGAGAAAAAACAUAAAGGCAGCAAGCAUGCCAAUACUACAAAUCAAGAAACAAAUGAUAAAAUAAUGAAGAGCUAUCCGAGGUCACCUCGUCAGGAACCCAAGGUUGAUCAAAAGAGAGCUCAAAAUAAUAGCCAGAAAAAAUCUGCUAAAAAAGAUUUUGAAUUACCUUUCUCAUCUGAUGAUGAGUUAUCAUCUGGCGAUUUCGAUGACUUUGCUGACAGCGACUUGAAUAAAGAAGAAUUGGAACAACUACGUGAAUUAGAAGAAGGAUCAGGAUCAGAAUCUGAAGAAAACAGUGAGGAUGAAUUGUUAAGUGAAUCUGAAUACAGCAAUUCAUCAGACAACGACGAUAAAGAGAUCUCUGCCGCUGAAACUAUGGCCAAAUUAAAGAGCUUGCAACAAAAGAAAUCUGAAAGUUCUGAUAACAAAGACAAAAAAGCUAUCAAACACAGAAAGAGAAAGAUUGAAGAAGAGGAAGACAUCGAAUUUCCUAUGCUUCCAGCUGAGCGUGCUGCUCUGGAGAAAGAUGAGAUGGAAAUGCAAUAUUAUGCUAAAAAAUUGAAUCUGAAAGGUAAGGUUAAAAAGAUUAAAGCUAAAGAUGAAUUUGAUGCGAUCGGUGGGUUAUUGGAGGGUUUAGAUUACUUUGAAAAUUACGGUAACAAUGAUGAGGAAUACGGCGAUCUUGCAAUGGAUGCAAAGUCCAAUGGAAAAGACGAAGUUUCUGACUCCGAGGCUUCUUCCUCAGAUAAAGAAGUCUCUGAAUCACAAUCUGAUGGUGAAAAUGAAGAACACGUAGAAAAUCCAUUCUCUUCCGAUGAUGAGUUAUCAUCUGGUGAUUUUGAUGACUUCGACGAAGGUGAUUUAAAUGAAGAAGAAUGGGAACAACUUCGUGACCUAGAGGGUGAAGAUAGUAGUGGAAGGGAUGAUGAGCACAGUGAUAAUGAUGAUACUGGUAAAGAAUCUAAAAAGAAAAAGAAAUCAAAGAAUGAAAGGGAAAAUCCAUAUGCAGCACCAGGGUCAUCUGUAUUAGGAGAAUAUGUUGCACCAUCUAUGAGGAAAAUGCAAUUAGAGAAUUCAAAUGAUUCACCUGAAAUGAUAGAAAUUAGGAAAAAAGUAAAGUCAGCAUUAAAUAAACUUUCGGAUACAAAUAUCUCUGUGAUUAUAUCUUCGUUAGAUGAAUUAUUUUACAAAUUUCCACGUCAAUAUGUAUCUGAAGCCAUCACAACUCAAGUAUUAGAGAUAGUUGGACAAAACAACAAAUUAUUUGAUACGUUUAUUAUGAAUUACGCAGCAGUCAUAUACUCUUUAUGGGAGUUAAGAGGUGUCGAGGUCGGUGCUACAUUUAUUCAAUUGAUUGUUGAACGUUUUAUGAAAGAUUAUAACACUGAAGUAAUAAAAAUCGAGAAUAGUAAUGAAGUCAUUCAAACUGAUGAUCAAAAUGAAGAAGAAAAAAUUGCCAGAUUAUCAAAUAAAUCUUGUAACAAUAUCAUUACUUUAAUUGCCUAUGCCUAUAACUUUGGUUUAAUUACCUGUAAAUUGAUCUACAAUUUUAUUCAAAAGUUUGUCAGCAAACCUAACGAAUUUUCCACCGAAUUACUCUUGAGAAUAGUUUCAGUUUCUGGACCAUUACUUCGUGGUGAUGAUCCAAGUGCAUUAAAGGAUAUUAUUACCAGUUUAUUAACCAACGUAAAGUCUAUGUCUACCCCAGGCCCUAGGAUGAAAUUUCUAUUAGAUACUAUGUCUGAUUUGAAAAACAAUCGAUUAAAACCUAGCAUUUUAGCUACAAGUAAUAAGCAGCUGAAGAAAAGUCUUUCAUCAUUUCUAAAAAAAUCCACUUCUUCAGAACCUCUACAAGUCUCAUUAGAUGAUAUCGAAAGCGUUAAAACCAAAGGUAAAUGGUGGUUAGUUGGUGCAUCUUGGAGAGGUAAUCUGGAAAAUGCAUUUGAAGAAGCUCGAAUACAGAAUCCAACCAACAAUUCUGUUAAUGACAAAAUAAUUGUUGAAGACACUCUUUUGGAUGACAUUCCGGAUUGGUCUGAAAUAAGUAAACAACAAAGAAUGAAUACAGAUGUUCGUCGUGCUAUUUUUAUUAGUAUCAUGUCUGCUCAAGAUUACAUGGAAGCUUUUACUAAAUUGGAAAAACUAAAUCUUAAGAAUAAACAAAUUUUAGAAAUUCCAAAAGUAAUUUAUCACUGUCUAUUGACUGAUAGUGUAAACAAUGGAUACAAUCCAUAUUAUGCAUUGGUUGCAACCAAGCUGUCAGAACAUCAUCACAACUUAUUAAAAUCUUACCAAUUUUUAUUCUGGGACAUUGUUAAAAAUUUUGAGGAUGAUGGUAAAGAUGACUUUAGUGACAAUGAUGAAACAGAUGAAGAUAAACAAUUGAUGAAAACCUUAGCUCAAGGGAAAUUUUUUGGUACUUUAUUAUCUGAAAAUAUAUUACAAUUGGAUAUUUUCAAACAUGUUCCUAUCAUGGGUGGUUUAGACUCAGAUGGUAAUUUAUUUAUUGAAGUUCUUUUUUAUCAAAUGUUGAUCUCGAUUGCUAAAAAAUCAGAGUCUAAGAAAAAAGAUGAUAAUGGCAAUAAAAGAUAUUACUAUAACAAAGAAUUUAUAAGAGGAAUGUUACUAAACAGUUUAAAGUUGGAGAAUAAAGGUACCAUUCUAAAGAGUUUGAGAUGGUUUAUUAGUAAAAAAUUCAAAUACCAUGCUUACUUGCCUAAGAAGAGCGAUGCUAAAGCAUUUGAGAGAGACUCUAGAAGAAUUAAUUGGGCUGUUAAAGAGUUUGUUGAUUUAGUAACUGAUGAAUUAGGUAAUUUUGAUGAAUGA